ACGCCAGUCGAACAACCAAGGGUCGAGCGGCCCAGGAUCGAACAAGCAAGGGUCGAACAACCUCAAAAUGAGCAGCAACCCCCUGAGCGCGAACAACAUGCACAAUCGCAUGAAAGGCAAAACAGGAGAGUAGACGAGGAGGAGUCCUCUGUCAGAACCGUUAAUCCACAAGCCAGAAACGACACGCUGGAGCAGCUGUUAGCACAGGUCCGAGACUUGCAGGCUCGGGUGGAAGGAAGAAAAACGGGAAGCUCGAGGGGACACCCUUUUUCACAACAUAUUUUAGAUGCCGAUCCUCAAGGGUUCAGGGAACUUAAUAUCUGGUAUGACGGGUCGACUGAUCCCUCUCGACAUCUCAGAAGCUUCGAAAAUAUGGCAGUAUUGCAUCGAUAUAACGACCUCGUUCAGUGUCGAGCAUUCCCGACGACCCUGCGAGGACCAGCACAGGAUUGGUUUCAUCAAUUGCCCCCAGGGGCCGUCAGGGAUUUCGAUGGGUUUAGCUCGAGUUUCCUAAACCAAUUCGCAAGUGUAAAAGCCCAAGUAAAGUCUUACCUUACAUUGAUAGGUAUGCAGCAGAAAGAGGGGGAAUCACUGAGGGACUACGUGGCGAGGUACACACGGGCGUGUGUCGACGUCCCCUCAGCCACUGAGGAGAUCAAGUCGGGAGGACUCACUCGAGGGCUACUCCCGGGACUGUGCAGAAAUUCCCUAGCGAAACGACCCGGGAGGACGUUAGAUGAAGUAUUGGGAAGGUGCGCCAAGUACAUGAAUGUCGAGGAAGCCGAAGCUGAUUUUCUGCAAGCAGCCAAGCCAAAAACUGAGCCUCGGGACGAGAAGCAGGAUAAAAAGCUUGUCGCGACAACUGAAAGGAAAGGAUCCCCGAGGACCGAAAGAGAAGGACGAUCAAGGGGGUGGAGGACAGCCCAAUAUACUCCUCUGUCGGCCUCGCAUGCAAGGAUACUGGAGGUUAUGGAGAGAGAGAUCCGUGAUAACGUUGUUAGGUGGCCACGGACGAGAAAAGAUGGGCCGACAAAACCUAAAAGUAACCUGUAUUGUCGAUUUCACAAAGACUACGGCCAUAACACCGAUGAAUGUCGGCACCUAAAUAAUGAAAUCGAGAGACUAAUCAAAGCAGGCCAUCUGAAGGAAUUCAUUUAUAAAGAUCGAGAACGAACCAGUCGGCGAGGGGAGAGAAGCAAAAGCCCUCACAAGAGGGCAAGAACACCCGAUAAGGAGGAGCUGCCCCAGAAAAGAGGAAUAAUUCAUUUGAUAUUCGGAGGGCCAACCGAUG